UCGAUUCGUACCUCACAAGACAUCAAGACACACAGGCCGGCUUCUCUCUCCGAAAAAUGGCAACUAUCUCGAUCGUUGAAUACACGCCCUUCUCCGACCACCGCGAAUUCACUGUCCUCUUCUUCGGGACUCCCGUCAAAGUUACUGUUACCAAGACGUCCUCUGUGGUCCGUAGCUGGCUUCACACGGUCUUCUAUCGUUACCGUCGCUUUUAUCACAGGAGCCGCCUAGUGGUAGGCCUGGGCGUCCAAUGGACCCCGUUCUCAGGCCCAAACUCACCGGCCGACACUCUCCAACUCUGCGUUGGACAGCGAUGUCUGAUCUUUCAUCUUUGCAACGCCGACACUGUCCCGCGCAAACUCCGGCGGUUCCUGUUAGACCCACAAAUCACAUUCGUCGGGUUCUGGAACAGUAUGGAUGCAAGAAAGUUGAGGGAUUCCUGGCAUGAUUUACAGGUCCAUAGUCUGCUUGAUCUGAGGAAGCAUGUGAAAACUGAUUUUGGAGAGAGCCUGGCAGGGGCUAGUGUAGAGAAGAUUGUGAAGGAGUUUUUAGGAUUUGAUGGGGUGAGAUUGGACAGGGAGAUUAGCAUGAGUUACUGGAAUGCUUAUGAGCUUACCCAUAAACAGGUUUUGCAGGCUUGUGUUGAUGCUCACGUGGCCUUUCUGAUUGGGAAAAACAUUAGGGCUUGGGAGAUUGAUGAAGAUGAUACUGGUACGGAUGUAUUUCUGGUUGAUACUUAUUCGGAUGUAUUUCUGGGUUUUUAGUCCUUCCACAUUACUUUUUGCCGUUUUGGUUAUUUUGAAAAGCUCUAUGAAGUAUGAACCUAUUUGAACAGGAUUGUAAUACGUUCGCCCUCCAUUUUGGUUAUUAUCAACAGCCUGGUGAACCCUUUUGGAUAGUUUUGGUGAAUCAAUCAGCGAUUGAUGUAAAAGUAGACUAGAUUUUGUUUCUGUUCAUGAGGACUGUUAUCUUUUUUACAUUGAUAUGAGCACUAAGUUUCCCUGGUUCUCUUUGA